AUGAUUGAAGAUUAUCUUCAUUUGACAAGAGAAAGUAGUGGAACUCCUGCGUUAGCCCCCACACAAGAUAUGUUUGACAGAUGUUUAUGGGAUAUCGAAAGUCAUCUAUCUGCCAACUCUAUGUCUCUCAUGUUGUUCACUGGAUUUGUUCUUUCACCAAUGCCUGACAUCCAGCACUUUAGUCUAAAUGGGCAAGAUGUUCAAGCCAUCAUACAAGAACAAAAAGAUUUAUGUGAUCAAGCUCAGCUUUUGCCAGAUCCAGAUACAUUGACAUUCAAUAAUUUACAAAGACGUGUCUAUACAACAGUAUUAAGUGCAAUUGAAGAAAACGUGGGAACCCCAAGAUUGUACUUUGCCAAUGAUCCAGGUGGGAUAGGAAAGACAUUUGUCUUUAAUGCCUUGCUUCAAAAAACUCGCCAACAAGAAAAAAUUGCUCUUGCAGUAGCAACAAGUGGAAUUGCUGCAUUGCUGUUAGAUUGUGGGCAUACAGCACAUUCUAGGUUUAAGAUUCCAGUGCAAGUUGAUCUUAACUCCUUAUGCUCCAUCAACGCAAACUCGCAAACAGCACAACUUAUUAGAAGAACGGAAUUGGUUAUCUGA